UAAUAAAGUGAUGCUAUUUGACAAUCAUCUCAGUGUAUAAUAUCGGGCUUAUAUCAGCUCUAGUUGUCGCAUUAUAAAAUUAUUAUUUAUUUAAUUCCCCAUAUUUUAAUGACAUUUAAGAUAAAGUUGAUCCUAUAAUAAAAAUAAACAAAUAAAACGCAACAAAUAAAAUAUAUUAUAUAAUCACAGAUCUUUUUGCAAGAUAAAAAUAUUAACGAAUAGGCGAAAGAAAAAAUGACAAACGAAGAAAUUUGUUUAAAUAAACAGUUACAUGAUCAUUUAAAAAUGUAUGUGAAGAACACCAAGUUGACAGUUCCUAAAUUUCAUAUAACUAAAGGUACCAAUAAAGGCGAUAAUUAUGUUGGCCUUAUUUAUCGUAUCACAAUCGAAGGCAUUGAAAAUGGCGAAACCAAGAAUAUCGAGCUUAUUUUGAAGACUAUGCCUACAUCCGAUUUGAUUCCAUCCAGCAGAGUUAGAAAAAUGUUCCAACGUGAAAUAUUCUUCUAUCGAGAGGUAUUACCUAUCUUUAAAAAAACUUUAAAAGAAGAUGGCGAAAUUGUUUAUCGCUUUCCUACUUUGUAUUAUACUAAUGAUGAACCUGGGAAAGAGGUAUUGAUGUUGGAAAAUUUAACGCAGCAAGCGUUCGUAAUGAAAAAUUCAAAAAUUUUAGAUUAUCCGCAUGCCAUUUUGGCACUCCAAUGCUUAGGUGAAUUCCAUGCAUAUAGCUUUAUUACGCGUUCGACGAAUCCAACAGAUUUCGACAAAUUAAAGCAGAUGAAAGAACCCGUAUUUUGUCAACAACUUUAUGAUGAUAAUAAUAAAAGUAUUAUCAAAAAUCUCACCAACAUUGUAAUAAAGGCUUUAGUAGAUGAAGAUAAACAUUAUUCCGAACGAGUUCAACAAUUCUCAGAUAAUAUGCUACAGAAUAUGAUUGAUGCGACUGAUGGAAAAGCUGCUGAACCUUAUGCCGUUGUAAAUCAUGGUGACAGUUGGACUAAUAAUAUGCUUUUCAAAUAUGAUCAGGAGGGAAAGACUCCUUAUGAUUUGCGUUUCCUAGAUCUUCAGUUAUGUCGUUACACAUCGCCCGUUUUAGAUAUAGUUUAUAUACUAUUUUGCUGUUGUACACAGGAAAUAAGAAGCAAAUAUUACAAUCAAUUGAUAAAUGAAUAUUAUGAAACAUUAUCCAAGUUUCUCGAAAGAUUCGGUUACGAUUCUAACAUUCUCUUCCCUUACAAAAUAUUAUUUCAACAUUUGAUUAGAUUUGGGAAAUAUGCAGCGGGAAUGGCAUUUUACGUUUUACAUUUAUUUACUGCUAAAGAUAGCGAUAUACAAGCUAUAUAUAAUGAUACAAGUAUACUCGAAGAAAGAUUAAAAAUGAUAGCUUUUAUAAAUAUGAUAAAGGGCACUUUCAAAGAUCUUGUCGACAAAAAUUAUAUAUAAAUUAAUACUUGCAUCUUAAAAAAUGCAAAGUAUUAAACUUGUAGUCCAGAAGAUCUAUAUAUUUAUGUGUGUAUUGAGGGAAGGGUUACUAUAUAGGUAUAAUCAGAAUUUUAACCAAAUAAUUAUAUAUUUUACUAAAAAAAUUUCAUUGAUAAUGGUAUACGUGCGCACGUGCAAACUUGCGAGAAUGGGUUCUCGUUUUCCUUUUAGGGAUUUCUCACAUUAUAAUUCAAAAUAUAGAUUUUAAAUGCAAAUAACGCUAUUAUUUUUAAUAUAGUAUGUAGUCGUGAAAAAUUUCUGUUGUAUAUAAAUAAUGAUAAAUUUUCGCAAAGGAUAAAUCGAUGGCACAUCCAACGAGAAACCAAAUAACCGAGAAAAGAUGUAUUUACGUUUUCUUAUAUAUAUAUAAAGAUAACAAAAGAAAAGGAAAAAAAUAUGUAAA